CAGCAAUUUACACUAUAAAGAUGCACUUAGUUUCCCCUUGUCGACAGCAACAGCAACCCACAUGGAUUUCCAUGGCCAAGUCUCUGAACCAAACCAACUGGCCAAUGUUAAUCUCCCAUUACUUCUUCAACCUUCAUACGCCAGAUCAAAAUCCUUGCUCUUUGAUGAGCUUCGAAGCUUUCGAAUCAGUCUCAAAUGGUGCGCAUUAGACCACUCUUCAGGCUUUGGCAAAUUCAUUUCUUAUCUUACAUUCAUAUUUUUCACCAUUGUUGUCCCUCUCCUUUGUUGCUUCGCCAUUAAAGUCCCAUCUUCCGCUGCAGCCGACGACCCCAUUUCUUUCAACAAGUUGGUUCAAUUUCCCGAGUCGGGUUUAGCCCUUUUAGGCUUCUUUACACUUUCCAGGUUCUUUAGUAAAUAUGGCCUGCGCCAACUCUUGUUUCUUGAUGGUCUACAAGAUGAUUCAUUGUUUGUUAGACGUGGAUACACCCGCGAGCUUGAUAAGUCCUUUCGCUAUCUUGCCUGCAUACUUCUCCCAUCUUUUUUCGUUGAACUUGCCCACAAAAUUAUCUUCUUUUCCACAGUGAAAGUAACAUUGCCUUAUAUCAGUUCUGGUGUUCCAUUGAAUUCGAUUAUGUUUGUGCUGGUGUUAACAUCUUGGGUUUAUCGAACUGGGGUGUUCUUGUUGGUAUGCGUGCUGUUUCGUUCAACUUGUGAACUUCAGAUAUUGAGGUUUGAGGGAUUCCACAAGACGUUUGAGGGAUGUGAAUCAGACGCUGGAGUUAUUUUCAAGGAGCAUGCAAGGAUCAGGAAACAGUUAUCAGCCACCAGCCAUAGAUAUCGCUUCUUCAUCAUUGCUUCUCUAGUUGUCAUUACUGUCAGUCAACUGGGAGCUUUGCUGCUAGUCUUGGCCACCAAGUCUGACAAGAGUUUCUUCAAUUCUGGUGAUCUUGUGGUAUGUUCAGCUGUAGAACUAAGUGGGUUCUUGCUGUGUUUAUUGGGGGCUGCGAGAAUCACUCAUAGAGCCCAAGGGAUAGCGGCCAUUGGAAGCAGAUGGCAUAUGGCGGUGACAUGUGCUUCAGCUGGAUCAGACAGCUGGAAAGAACAGGCUGAUUGCAGAGAUGUUGAUUCCGAUUCCUCUGACAUUUUCAUCACUGUUUCCUCGCAAGAUCGAUAUUCCUCCUUCCAAACUAGGCAAGCUUUAGUGGCAUAUCUGCAGCACAACAAUGGAGGGAUUACGCUCUUUGGAUUUGCACUGGAUCGUGGAUUGCUUCAUACACUCUUUGCAUUUGAGUUCUCUCUUGUGUUGUGGAUACUUAGUAAGGUGGUUGUCUUGUCUUGACUUACCCAUGCUCCACUCAUUGUUUACCGGAAGACACAUUCAAAUAUAUUAUGUAUCCCAUUUAGAGAAGUUAGUUUCGUAUUCAAAUAAUGUCGUCUUAUUAUUAAUUAAUAUUUUAUCUUUAAUUAAACUCGGUGAUACAUCAUUUAAAUUCUUAAUUAACUAUUCAUAAUUUAGAGUAGAAAAUGCAAUUAUGUAAUAGAAUAGAAGUAAGAUGAGGUGAAUUUGGGAUCAA